UUCAGAAUUCAGAUUUCAGUGAACGAGACUCGCUCGAGAAAUGAGAAUAUCGAAAAUCUCAAUAGGAUAAUUAUUGUUAUAAUUGUUUCGGCAUAAGUCUCUCAAUUAAGACUUUACUGUCAACAAUUUUCAAUAAAUUAGGAGUGUAACUUAAUGUGCGCUUUAUUAGCGCUGUUAUAAAAAAAUUGUUUCAGAUGGCUCUAUACUAUCGACGGCUGUUAAUAAGUGCCUUAUUGGUGCUUACUGUAGCGUCCGUAAAUGCUGAUAGUGAGGAUUCUGAUGAAGAAGUUACUAUAGAGACAGUGGAAGAUAAUUACCAGAGCCCAAAGAUAGACUCUAAGAGCAUAUACUUGUCAGAACAUUUUGAUGAUGUGACCGCAUUCAAGAAGAAAUGGAUCCAGUCAGAAGCCAAGAAGCAGGGUGUAGAUGAAAACAUUGCCAAGUAUGAUGGCAAAUGGGAGGUACAAUCACCCUCAAGACGCAUUUUGAAAAAUGAUCUUGGUUUAGUUCUAAUGACGGAAGCGAAGCAUGCAGCUAUAUCGGCAUUACUCGAUAGACCGUUUGAGUUCAAAGACAAACCUUUGAUAGUUCAGUAUGAAGUAACGAUGCAGGAGGGUCAGAACUGCGGCGGGGCGUACAUAAAGCUGCUCUCUCGUGGUAUGAACACCAAGGCGGACCUGCGACAGUUCCACGACCAGACGCCGUACACUAUCAUGUUCGGACCGGACAAGUGUGGCAACGACAAUAAACUGCACUUCAUCUUCAGACACGUGAACCCGAAAAACGGUACCAUCGAGGAGAAGCACAGCAAGAAGCCAACUCAACGUCUAGACGACAUCUACAAAGACAAGGAGCCACAUCUGUACACCUUGAUCGUCCGGCCCGACAACACAUUCACCAUCCUGGUCGACAACAAAGAGGCCAACGCUGGCUCUCUGCUGGAGGACUUCACUCCGCCCGUCAACCCGCCGGAGGAGAUCGAUGACCCUGAUGACAAGAAGCCCGAGGACUGGGAUGAGAGGGAGAAGAUCGUGGACCCGACGGCGACGAAGCCCGCCGACUGGGACGAGGACGCGCCGGCGCAGAUCGUGGACCCCAACGCCGUCAAGCCCGACAAUUGGCUCGAAGACGAACCAGAGAUGAUUCCCGACCCCGACGCCAAGAAGCCGUCGGACUGGGACGAGGAGAUGGACGGCGAGUGGGAGGCGCCGCUCGUGGACAACCCGGCGUGCGCCGCCGCGGCCGGCUGCGGGCCCUGGAGCGCGCCCAGCGUGCCCAACCCGCACUACAAGGGCCCGUGGCGCGCGCCGCUGGUGUCGAACCCCAACUACCGCGGUCGCUGGAGCCCGCGCCGCAUACGCAACCCGCACUACUUCCGCGACGACACGCCCUUCCGGAUGACGCCCGUCCAUGCCGUGGGCUUCGAGCUGUGGUCCAUGUCACCGAUGCUGUUGUUCGACAAUAUCAUCAUCACCGACGACGAACGAGUAGCCGAGGAAUGGGCCAAGCAGAGCUAUGCUAUCAAACGGGCUAAGCUCACUAGUGACUCGGAGUCGCUGGUGGAGCGCGUGCUGAAGUACUCGGGUGAGAACCCCUGGGUAUACGGCGUGGUCAUCGUCGGCAGCUUCAUUCUUGUCGGUUUCGUCGCCUACAUGUGCUGCAUGCCUAAGACUGAUACAGAUUCGAUUACCAAGAAGACAGACGCAGUCGUAGAUGACGAUCCGCAGCAGUCUGAGGGUGAAGUCGAGGUUGAGGGGGAGUCGCAGGAGGGUGAAGCGGAAGCGGAAGGAGAAGGGGAAAUUGCAGACAGGCGGAGCAAGACAGGCUUAGAGGGACAUGAGAAUAAAGAGACAACUCCACAUGUAGACACAGAGGGCGCCGGUGAUGGCCAAAGGAAAAGAAAGCCUCGCAAGGAGUAAGUGGAGAAGGUGUGAGAUAGAUAUAAUUAAUUACUGUUAGUUAGAGCGAGACAACUGAAUGUGUAUGAGCGAAGGAUAGAUACAAUCUUCUUAUUUACUCUUCCUUACCACCAUGUAUUCUUGUAUCCUGUUAGUUAAAUAGUAAAUUUAUUCAUACAUUAACAUAUGCUUUGGCCUUUUUUGUUUUCCGCCAAUAUUAUCUUAAAAUUGUUUUGUUAAAUAAAAGUUGAUUGCACUGGAUAAUUGUUCUAAGGCAUUUUUAUAAAUAUAAUGUACCAUAUUUGUUCACACUAGCUUCACAUUUAUUCACCAAAGAUAUAUUUGGAGUUCUAACUCGCCGCUCGAACAAAAAACUUUGCAGUUUUCGUUUGUUUUUAUUCUUUAAGAUUUAUGAAUAUAUUAUAAUAAUUUAUUGUAAUAAACUCUCGUAUGUUGUUAGAUAUUUUUGGUCUUUCGCAAUUCCUGAAGCAUUUGUAUGUAUUUAAAUAUUCUAGUAUAGUAUGUGUGGGACAUAUAUAAUAUAUAAUUGAAUAAAGUAGAUGUACUGUUUCAAUUUAAUUUGUAUCAAUGCAAACAAACAUUAAAUUAAAAAUUAAAAAAACAUUUUUUUUUUCUUUUAAUCAAUAAUAAAAAAAAAUAUAAGUUUUAAUUAAAACUUUUAAAUCAGUGCUCUUAAGAAUACGAUUAUUUAAAAGAAUAUUUUUAAUUGUAGUUGCGAAAAAUAGACUUUAUAUUAAUGGUAAUGAUUAUUUUUUGUAUUGUCUUGAAUGAAACUUCAAAAAACGCUAUAAUUCAAUUCCAUACGAAAAAUAAAUUAUGUUAACAUAAAUAAUCAAGUCCGCAAAAAGAUUUGUUUACAAUUGUUACAAAUUAUUAUGAAACAAUUAUAGGUAUAUUUGUGAGUUUAAUAACUAGUAACUAUUAUUUAUUAUAUAGAAGCACUUUAUCAUAAAACAUAAUAUGUAUCUUUAAUAAAUUGUACUAAUUCGGUCUCUCUCAUGCUUAUAUAUCAACUGUCGGUACUAAAUAUUUUUGUUAAAAAUAAAUUUUUUCCAUUUUUAUAUCAGUAUUCAAAAAUAACGUGCAGCAAUAACGUUUUUAAUAAUUAAAUUUAACUUCUCGUUUACCAAUCUCAUUGCCUUGUCUUUGCACUUGUCACCGAUGACUUUUUUAUAUACUUGACAUAUUACUAUGUAAUUAAAAAUAAGUGUCGCAUUUUUUACAUUUUAAUAACAUAAAAAAUAUAAUCUAGAUAAAACAGAUGACAUACAAAUAUAUUUAUGAUGAAAUAGUAAAAAAUUUUUUGCCAUAGCAAUGAUACUUUAAACAAUAUUGGGGUGUGACGUCAGUGUUAGUAUUAUUAUUAGUUGAAUUUUAAUUAUAUUGAUUUAUGAUUUCUUUUAUUUAAAAGUUAUAAAUCUCUUACAGUAAAAAUUGAUUCAUUUGUUUAUGAGGCUGAUGUCAUGUUUCCACCCUUUAAGUACUUGAGAGGGCAGAUUAUGAACUGUAAUUUAUGUAAUAAUAAAUAAAUAUUUCUAUAACCUGU